GCCAUCUGGCUAAGAACGAAACGCCAUUCUAAUAUACUUCAAACAACUACUGACAUUCAUCCUUUUCGUUUCACCGCAAACAUGGCGUCUGAACGGUUUGUGGUUGCUUUGCAUUCGUUCCCUGGGAAAAGCAGUGACGAACUGCCAUUGAUUGAAGGGAAUAAGUACCUACUUAUAAAAAUGGACGAAGAAUUUGGCGAUGGAUGGUGGGAGGCAGAGGACCAGGAAGGAAAUCGAGGGAUUUUUCCUGCCUCACAUGUAGAAUUGUUAUCUAAAGAGGUUCCUAAUCAUGAAAAUGCUCGUAACGAAAAGGCAGACGUGUCUAUUUCUACUACCGAGCUUACUGAGUCUUCAAGUUCCAGCUCGAAUUUGACGGACUUGGAGGAGGAACCUGCCCCCAAGCAAGACUCUCAUGCUAGUCUUCCUCAACCAGAUACUAAUGGAGUGUCAAAACCAGAAAGCAUAUCGCCCAACCACUUUAAUGAUCAUCUGCUUCCUCCUUCUUUAAAUAAAAGAGAAUCAUCUAAUUUCGAAAAAGACUUCCUUAACAAUCACCGUAAUUCACUCCCUAGUGGACCACAAAAGUGGAAUGAUAAAUCCUCUCUUUCUAAUUCACCUGACCUAGAUAAAUCAUCUUCUAAUAACGAUCCUAUGCGCAAAACUAUUGAUGAUAUUGAGAGCGCACUACAAAACUUAUCGACUGCUGAAGCCGAUGAACACAGCACCUCCCCCCUGCCUAUUUUAAAUUAUCGAUCACCAUCUUCCCUUGGUCUUUCUGAAAAAAUUCAAAGCUUGCCACACUGGUCUACAGCGGAGGUCAUAGAUUGGUUGAAAAAUGCCGGCCUUGGAUCUGUAGCUCCUAAUUUUAUGGAGAAUGAAAUCAAUGGUGAGAUCUUACUUAAUACGGAUUCGAGUGUUUUGAAGGAGCUUAAUAUAACUUCUUAUGGAAAAAGAUUUGAAGUUUUACGUAAAAUUCAACAGCUUAAAGACAUCUAUCAACAAACGCUUUCUGAAAAUUACCCAGAGUUCCCUGACAGCUACUCUCAAUCUCCCAGCCCUGAUUUAUUGUCUCCGAAUGUAAACCACUCUAUGGUAGACUUUGGUGACCCUACGUUUGUCCCUUCAUCUUCCAAUUAUGGUUCCAAUAAUGAAUCUAAUGCUAGUUCGAAUCGUAUGAGCGUGCUACCUACUUUAUCUCAUAUGUUGGUUUCUCCUGAUCUUGAUGAAUUUGGCAACAAUAAUUCUGAGCAAUACAUUCCUCCUCUCUCAGCUGCUCGUACUCGUGGAGAAAACAAGGCUCCCACUGUAAAACGUGAUAGUGUCACUCAAUUGUCUUCUUCCGUUCCUUCAAGCGUUUCGCCUAUCACCAAACGUCCCUCGCCGUCAGAGUCUUCGCACUCAACUCACGGCUCUUCUCGUUUAGCUCAAGUGCCAACUGCUGGAUCGUCAAGUUUCGAACAUGCUAAUGGCUCAGAUGAGUCUACUUCAUUGCAACCGCCAGCUGAUCCCAAGUUGUAUACUCCUCAACCCUCAGCUACUUAUAAACAAUCCCCUAACGUUAUACAAUCAAAGGGUAAAGACAAACAUGCUGGUUUAACAAGACUGAAAACCGACACAGCAGGUGCGUCUUCCUCAUCCGCUCCAACAGGAGAACCAUUGCUGUCUUCUAAAUCUGUGGAACCUACCGUGAUAAGCCCCACGAAUUCAACCGCUUCCUCUGGUCUUUUACCACCUGCUUCAUCGCAGAAAUCACCUUCUUUAAACAAUGCUAAGAACACUUCAAGUACGAAGAAACCUCUUGUCCAGAAAGUGCUGUCCGCUACAAGUGUCAAAUCUUCGUCCGAUAAUGGACAGAAAACACCAAACCUGAAAAUCUCUACUCCCAGUUCACUAUCUUCUUCGGUUUCGGAUGCUCCUAGUUCUGCGCCCUUGGGAAAGGAACCAAUUGGAAAAAGAAAGUCAAAAAGGGAUAUUUUUGGAAGACAAAAAAUCUUACCUACUGGAAUUAGUGAAGGACUUACAGAUAUCCCUGCCAAGGAAGCGCUGAAGACUGCUGACUGCCAUGGUUGGAUGCGUAAACGAAGUGAUCGUUAUGGUGUAUGGAAGGCCAGAUAUUUCGUUUUAAAAGGCACAAGGCUAUCUUAUUACCAUUCUUUGAAUGAUACUUCUGAAAAAGGAUUGAUUGACAUAACUUCUCACCGUGUUUGCAAAGUUGAAGAUUUAGUUCUAAGUGGCGGUAAAACCGCUAUUAAAUUGGCACCACCUGCACCAGGCGCUGCAAAGGCUGCUGUAAUGUUUACUCCUCCAAAAGUACACUACUUUAUCUGUGAAAAUAAGGAUGAUAUUAAUCGUUGGUCAUCUGCUUUCUUGAAAGCUACAGUGGAGCGUGAUAUGUCUGUUCCCGUAUUAACAACAACAAGGAUGCAAACGAUUUCCUUGAAUAAAGCAAAGGAACUUCGUACCCGACCUCCUUCACUGUUGAUGGACGAACAAGCAGAGCCAGACUUGCCUUCCUCCAUUGGUCUGAAGAAAAAUGCCAAGCAGAAAGGUAAAGAACCUGUGAGACAACCUGCCAAGUAAUACAAAUAAAUAAUACGUGCGGAUUUGCUGAUUGUACGAAAUUUUACUAUUAGUCCAAUCUUGACUCGACUUUCGAAAACUGAGUGGGAAUAUUGAUGGCUCUAAUGUUUUUAUAUUAUUUAACGGAAUUGAUAAAUUUAACGUGUUUUCUUACUGCUAAAAAAAUUUGUUUCUUGGAAUAAUAGCAAUCUAAUGUUUGAGUUUUGCUUCCUGACGAUUAUUUUCUUUAACUUGCCCAUAUAUUCCAUGUGAAUCUUCACAGGUUGCAGGUCAAAUUUUAUUUAAAAUGUUUAACGAUCAUAUGUUUUUUUUCUUUCAUUAUAGAAUUAAGAGUUAAGUAUUUGUGUGAUGAUACAUUGCUCUUCACUUUUCUCUUUUACAAAAGUAAAGAGUUUACUUCGGAUUUAUGGGUUGGACCGAAGACCUGUUGUCGUUUGUUUUAUUUCUGUAUAUAUAUUUAUAUAUAUAGAUUUUAUUUAAUAGUCAAGUUGAGGUUGUCACACCCAAGUUUCCCGACUUUCUAAAUCAAUCUCACUUUGACUUUGGAUGUUAACCCAUCAAAUGCGCA